GGCAGCCAUUUUGGGCGUCAUCUUGAACUUGUCAGGUACACUGGAGGGCUUAUAAUUCACUCUAGCCUUUGUCAACAGUUUCUGCUUCCUAGACCAUGGAAUAUGAAUCGAAAUAGGAUUCUAGGGUGGAUAAUGAGGCAGUUGUAUCCAUUCUUCAGUGAAAAGCUGUUAAAAAUAAUUUGUUGCAAUUUUUUCCGGGUGAGGGUAUUUUUGGUCGUUUCUUGGCCCGUCUACUACCAAAUUUCUGUCUAUUUUUUCACAGAUGUUCAGUAUUUACCAUUUUUUCGAGAAAGAGUGGGGCUUUAUAUUUUUACAAUCGGGCAUAUUGGUGCUUUCUCCCUUACAAAUAUCAACUGUGAUCCUGAUAUUAUUGCAACACCAUUCUUCCUAUUCAAGAGGAAAGUAAGUAUCUUCACAAAUUACAGAUAGAAAAACCAUGCCAGUGUUCAUAACCCGGUUGGGAGUCAUUACUAUUCAUACUGUUUUACGUCACGAUUUUUCAGAAUUUAAGAGAAAUUCGAUCUUAAAACUGCACACGUUGUGUAUUAUAUGAUAAUAAUUGAACUCCAAAAUCGAUGAAUUCAACACCUUUGCCAUCUGUUAUUUUCAAGAAGUCAUUGGGAUGGACAUUUAACGUUAAAUGGUUAUUGUUCGUUAAUAUUAAUUAAUAUAAAUAUUGAAUGUAAGAUUAAAAAAUUGUGGCGCUAGUCGAAUCGUAAGACAUAGCGAUGAAACAAUCGCAACUGUGUAAUGCAUCGUUGUUGCUUAGUUCUCGAGUAGAGUACCAUUUUGCUCAAAAGGCAUUUUCCAUGUAGCAUAAUUCAUUCGGAUACCAACAAAAUGGUGUUUCGCCGGUGUGUUCAGGUAUAUUCAAUGUUGUUUCUUCUAAUCUUUGCACUAAGCCAAAUGAUUGUUCUCUGCAUAUUGUUCAAUAAACACGAUAAUUUGAGCAUUAUUAAGCACCGUCAUCAGAAAUCAGUCGGCACAUACACACCCAGGCUUUUUAAUUCAUCAUUUAUCAGGAACAUGGGCUCAGAAAAACAAGAGACAGUGGAGGAACAUACAACAUUUACAAGCAAUCGGUCAUCGUAUGCUGUAUUUGAAAGAGAUAAAACUCAGGAAUAUCCUGAUAACCCAUUUAGUGAGGACCUGUUUAAAUCAGCACACAACUUUAGUAAUGAGAUGGAGUGUAGUUGCAACGGUGUCCACAAUAUGCAUUCUCUUGACGAGACCGUUGUGCAAAAGAAUACCACUUUUUAUUUUCCUUGGUUUGUGUUUGGAAACUUCCCACCAAUAACAUCUCCCAAACUCACUAUCAUUCUGGCCCAGUGGCGGUUUGGUUCAAGUAUAGUCGGUGAACUCUUCAAUCAGAAUUUGGAUGCAUUCUAUUUAUUUGAACCAAUGUGGACUCUCAAUAGAUUAAAGGCCAUAUGGAGACAGCCUGAAAGACAUGCAUCGCCAACCACGAGGGAAAUCUCUCGUCAGAUCCUACGCGAAUUGGCUCAUUGUAAGUUCAACAAUGACUUUGUCUGGACGUACAGCCAAUGGCAUCCUUUCCAGAAUAGAGCCAUAUGUAAUCUUAGUCCACGGUGUCUGUUAUCCGGUGAACAGUGGUUUGAAAACUUCUGCAAGACUUCCAGAGAACACAUAGCAACAAAACUUAUUCGUCUUGAUCUCGAGGAUUUAAGACCUCUCAUUGAAAUGGACAACAUUGACCUGAGGAUCAUCCAUCUCGUGCGGGAUCCUCGAGGAGCAGCUGCCUCUAGGGUUCAUUACAUUACCAAGAGGUACCAACCACAUCAGCAAUAUUUCAGAGACACUGGGAGACUGAAACCGCUUGGUCUCCUGGACACAGUCCCUGAUGAGCUCAUGUACAUUCAGGAGAUGAGAGAAAACAACCCCACUGUUCGUCAAAUGUGCAAGUGGAUUGAAAGAAAUGCAAAGACCUCGAGAUAUCAUUUGCCAAAAUGGUUGCAAGGACACUACAAACUCGUCAAAUAUGAAGACUUUGCACUGGAACCUGUCAAGAUCUCAAAAGAGAUCUAUGAGUUUAUCGGUUUACCGUUUCCGAAAUAUCUUGAAUAUUGGAUCAAGAUGAACACCAAUGCCAUUAAUAGGGAUGAUGAUGUCUUUUCGAAUCGAAAAAAUUCCAUCGAAACAGCUUCGCGUUGGAUUGUUGAUCUGUCUGAGUUAGAAAUAAGGCAAAUUGAAAAAGAGUGCAAAGAUGUCCUUGAACUUCUUGACUAUAAGUUAUAUGAUGAACUUAAAUCCGCGGCAUAAUGUAGCUUGCCAGCUAUUCAUUUGAUUCACCAAGGUUCUCAGGGGCGGCGAUCCUAAUGAAGCACUGAAGAAGUGCCCUUUUUGACGCAAGAGAAUUGCCCCCUCACGAACGUGUACUGUGCCCCUUUCACCUGAGAUGGACCGGUUUAUGUGUGCCCCCUCUCCAUUUUUUUUUCCACCAAAAAAAAGAGAAAAGGAAAGUGAGAAGGAUGAAAU